CAUUGCAAUCGUCACCGCUAUCAUUCCUUUCCUGAAUCCUGUGAUCUGUUCCGAUUCACCCGGAAGUCCAUUUCACCGCACACAGAAAGUCGCCAGACAUGUAAAAGGCUACGUACGUACGUGUUCACUGCAGACAGACGGCCAUUGCCCGCCAAAACAUAGUGUUCCGGCUUUUACAUUCACGCGAGAGUUCGGCUAUGUCUUCGAAGAAAAAAGCAAGACCCGCCGAUAGUGACUCUGACUCUGGGCCGGAUGAUAGAACUCCCGCUUCAAAAAAACCCAAGACCAAAGAGACAGCCAGUAAAGCAAGUGCAGGUGAUGGAGAUGAGGACAAUACAUUCUCUAUUGGCAAGAAGCGCUUUGUCACUGUGCGACAAUUCAAGGGGAAAGUUAUGGUGGAUAUUAGGGAGUUCUACGAGGACAACAACGCUGACCUAAAGCCAGGAAGAAAGGGGAUAUGCUUACAACUGGACCAGUGGAAUGCUCUCAAAGGUCGUAUUGAGGAGAUAGAUGAAGCUAUUAGAAAAUUUUAACUGUCACAUCAUCAGCCUCCUCUUCAUUGUCUCUUGCCUCCUCUCUUCUUUGUCAGUCUCAUUCUGCUGUUUGUUUAAAAUGUACGUGUUACUUCGAAUUGAGAAGAUUCAACAGCGAUCUUAAUGUGAUACCUAACCGAAACAUUCUAGAUGGCUAGUACAUGUCAGGUAGACUAUUUUUGUUGGAAGUGGAGUUUGCACACAAACGUGUACUGCUUCCCCUUACUUUUGCUGGUGUGACAUACGUACUGUUUUAUGAUAAUGAAAUAAAACUCUGUUAAAUAAAAUUGAUCGACUGAGCGUUGA